AUGGGCAUGAAUGGUGUCUGCAUGGGCCCGGCUAGCCAGCCUGUCACUCUCGUCUCAGCACCGUGCCACAACACUGGCAUUCAAGCCAGUCUGGACUGCCGCAGCAACUCAGCACUCAUUUCUUGGACACCAGGCAAUGGUUCAUUAAGUUUUAAUGCAACACUACAGACGCUCCAGGACCCCCAAAAGCACAACUGCUUCACCAAUGGCUCCUCCUGCAACAUUGGCUCACUGCCGUGUGGUCAGCACUAUAACAUCUGUAUUACAGGAUACGGCCAGACCUGUUCAACCUCUUCUAAAGCCUUGGUCACUCUAGACACAGCUCCAUGUGUUCCCACUCAAGUCAAUGUGUCAUUAUCUUGUGGGUCGGACACUGCAUCUGUUUCCUGGACAGCAUCCAGUGGCCUUGUUUCAUACUAUACAGUAACAGCAGUAGAUGAUAAUGGACGUACUCUAACCAGCAACUCCAACAGAACUUCCUGUGACAUCAGCGGCCUGUCGUGUGGUCAGGCGUACAAUGUGUCAGUCACAGCUAUGAAUGUGGACUGCACUGGGCAACGCAGUGAAGUGCGUCGCAUCAGUACUGCUCCCUGUGACCCUCAAAACAUCACAACUGUGCUCCAGUGUGACACCAACACAGCCAACGUGACAUGGGCUGCCAGCGCAGGAGCUAAUGGGUACACAGCAAUUGCAACAGACAGGCAGCAGCAACGUUUAGCUUCUUGUCACUCUAUGGGAACUUCCUGUCAGCUGACCUCUCUGCCGUGUGGGAUGAGACUAAAUGUGACUGUCCAAGCUGAUGGCACCACCUGCAACAGCAGCUCUCAACCUAAAGCUGUAGUGGAAACAGCUCCCUGCAUUCCCACCAGUGUUGCUGCCGCUCUAAACUGUACAUCUAACAUUGCUUCCAUCACCUGGUACAGUGCACUUGGUGCCACUUGGUACUUGGUAAAGGUGGAAAGCAGCCAAGGGUACAAGACAUCCUGCAACAACACUGUCACUCAAUGUGAUAUCCCAAACCUGCAGUGUGGCCAGGAAUAUUCCAUCACAGUCAUGGGCAUGAAUGGUGUCUGCAUGGGCCCGGCUAGCCAGCCUGUCACUCUCGUCUCAGCACCGUGCCACAACACUGGCAUUCAAGCCAGUCUGGACUGCCGCAGCAACUCAGCACUCAUUUCUUGGACACCAGGCAAUGGUUCAUUAAGUUUUAAUGCAACACUACAGUCGCUCCAGGACCCCCAAAAGCACAACUGCUUCACCAAUGGCUCCUCCUGCAACAUUGGCUCACUGCCGUGUGGUCAGCACUAUAACAUCUGUAUUACAGGAUACGGCCAGACCUGUUCAACCUCUUCUAAAGCCUUGGUCACUCUAGACACAGCUCCAUGUGUUCCCACUCAAGUCAAUGUGUCAUUAUCUUGUGGGUCGGACACUGCAUCUGUUUCCUGGGCAGCAUCCAGUGGCCUUGUUUCAUACUAUACAGUAACAGCAGUAGAUGAUAAUGGACGUACUCUAACCAGCAACUCCAACAGAACUUCCUGUGACAUCAGCGGCCUGUCGUGUGGUCAGGCGUACAAUGUGUCAGUCACAGCUAUGAAUGUGGACUGCACUGGGCAACGCAGUGAAGUGCGUCGCAUCAGUACUGCUCCCUGUGACCCUCAAAACAUCACAACUGUGCUCCAGUGUGACACCAACACAGCCAACGUGACAUGGGCUGCCAGCGCAGGAGCUAAUGGGUACACAGCAAUUGCAACAGACAGGCAGCAGCAACGUUUAGCUUCUUGUCACUCUAUGGGAACUUCCUGUCAGCUGACCUCUCUGCCGUGUGGAAUGAGACUAAAUGUGACUGUCCAAGCUGAUGGCACCACCUGCAACAGCAGCUCUCAACCUAAAGCUGUAGUGGAAACAGCUCCCUGCAUUCCCACCAGUGUUGCUGCCGCUCUAAACUGUACAUCCAACAUUGCUUCCAUCACCUGGUACAGUGCACUUGGUGCCACUUGGUACUUGGUAAAGGUGGAAAGCAGCCAAGGGUACAAGACAUCCUGCAACAACACUGUCACUCAAUGUGAUAUCCCAAACCUGCAGUGUGGCCAGGAAUAUUCCAUCACAGUCAUGGGCAUGAAUGGUGUCUGCAUGGGCCCGGCUAGCCAGCCUAUCACUCUCGUCUCAGCACCGUGCCACAACACUGGCAUUCAAGCCAGUCUGGACUGCCGCAGCAACUCAGCACUCAUUUCUUGGACACCAGGCAAUGGUUCAUUAAGUUUUAAUGCAACACUACAGUCGCUCCAGGACCCCCAAAAGCACAACUGCUUCACCAAUGGCUCCUCCUGCAACAUUGGCUCACUGCCGUGUGGUCAGCACUAUAACAUCUGUAUUACAGGAUACGGCCAGACCUGUUCAACCUCUUCUAAAGCCUUGGUCACUCUAGACACAGGUAUAACAUUAAAUAAUAACACAACGUGCAAAUUUGGUGAUUCUUCUGACAUCAAAUGAUCAAUAGAACUAAAAUCUUUGGCUCUUUUGUGGCAUGAAUC